UUGAAAGGCGAGAGUAAAUAAGCGCGAGUAACGUUAGGAUAUUUCUUUGUGAUAGUGAUGAAUAUGAUGUUGAUAAAGGUAAUCGUAAAUGUGUAAAUACUGGUAUUGAAACGGAAAGUGAUAAUGAAUUACGUGAAGUGUUCCAAAUAAUGAAGACAUGUGUGGAAACUUCACGUGACCAUGCUGACUGGAGAUGGUGGGCGGGACCACGAAAUGGAGUCCUAUAAACCUACAUCCAAGAAUCCAGGAGCGAAUGAGGUUUGGUGGAAGAUUUCUUCGGUUUUCCUGGCAACGGUUGCUAUAGUAACUGUUCUAUUGUUUUGUUGGACCAAGAGACGCCUGUGGGAAUUGGCCGCAAGACUUCCGGGCCCAACGCCGGUCCCGUUGCUUGGGAACCUCCUCACUUUCGCGGGCUGCGAUUUGAUUCAGUUCUUCAAGAUGAUCGUGCAACUGGUAGAGAAACACGGCUCCAUAUUUAAGCUGUGGAUAGGGCAGGAUCUGUUCGUGCUGUUGUCCGACCCUGUUGCACUGGAGAAGGUGUUGGGGAACAAGAACUUCAUCAGGCGUACCGGCUACGUCACAAAAGUUGGCAAACCUUUCUUUAGAAAUGGUUUAUUGAUGUCAGACGGUGAUACGUGGAGAGUCCACCGGAAAAUAAUCCAGUCAACUUUUCAUAACAACAUUCUGGAUCAAUUCGUUGAGAAUUUUGCCAAGAACAGUUCCAUCUUGGUGCAAAAGUUGGGCGACAGUGAGUGCGCCGUUACGGUCAACGUGUACCCACUCAUCAGCCUCUGCACACUGGACGUCAUAUGCGAGACAGCGAUGGGAACCAAGGUGAAUGCCCAACUGGACUAUGACGGAGAGUACGUGCAGAACGUCUUGAAAUCGCUUCAGUUGCUGUCUGAGAGAUUCAUGCGUCCAUGGUUGUCAGUUGACUGGAUCUUCAAUUUGACUCAGUUGGGCAAAGAACAGGCGGCCACUUUGAAAUAUCUGCACGGAAACGUACAACAAGUUGUUUCCGAGAAGUUGGCCAAAUUCCACGCAAGUGGCCGACAGAAGACGCAAGUUGAUGAUGUCCAGUCUGUGAACAGAAAGAAACUGUCUUUGUUGGAUCUGCUGAUAGAGGACGGGCAGCUGACGCCAGACGAGAUCCACGACGAAGUUGUGACUAUCGUGGCGGCUGGGUCCGAGACUACGGCGUCUACCUGUUGUUAUGUGCUGUCCCUUCUGGGCGUUCAUCAGGACGUCCAACAGCGCGUCUUCGAGGAACAGAGGAGCGUGUUUGGAGAGGACAUGAACAGGCUCGUCACUUGUGAGGAUCUACUCCACAUGCCCUACCUCGAGCAGGUGAUCAAGGAGUCUCUGCGCCUCUUCCCGCCAAUCCCGUACCUGUUCCGCAAGGUGGAGCAGGAGACUGACCUUGGCAACGGCUACGUGCUGCCUGCCGGCUGCUACUCCAUGGUGGUGACGUACACGACUCACCGGAAUCCGGACCACUUCCCUGACCCCGGACGUUUCGACCCGGACCGUUUCUCCCCCGAGAACAGCAUCGGCAGACAUCCGUACGCCUACAUCCCUUUCGGCGCUGGGCGCCGGAUGUGUGUGGCCUACAAGUUCGGCAUCAUGGAGGCCAAGACGAUGUUGUCCACCAUCCUGAGGAGGUUCCGCGUCGUCGAGACAGUCGGCGGCAUCAGGACGCUUGUUGACAGCUUGGAGUCCGGAGUUGUACUGAAACCUGCCAACGGAUUUAACAUUAAGAUAGAGGGGUUUCCCCUAGGCAAUGGAGUCACCAGUUUUCAGCAAAUUUUUGACUUACCUCACAGAAAACAAAUUAUACUACUAGCAGUAUCAUCAGUGUUACCAACGUCGAAACUUGCAGCUGUCACUAGAGAUGGGGAAAUAAUCUGUCAGUGAACAAAUAAGAAAGUGCUGG